UCCCUUUCAAAAUUGGGCGUACUGUCCAACGUUAACAUAUAAAUUAACUACCUUCUUACACAUUGCAUUUCUUAAAACGUGACUUCUCCUGACAACCAUAUACUGUUCAACAAAUAACGUACUCGUUAAAGAAAAGAAGAUAUUCGAUCCUGCAUGGUUGGUGUGUUGCGCAGAGAUGGUGCUGGAGGAACGGGCGCGGAGCUGUCUGCUGCGCUUUCGCCACAGACUGGAGCAGGACAUAAAGCCCUCCUACCUGAUGGACCACAUGAUCAGUGAUGAUGUGCUAACUGUGGAUGAGGAGGAGAGAAUCAGGACCCAGCCCACCAGGAAGGAUCAGGCUGUGGCCCUGCUGGAGCUGCUGCUGAGGAAGGACAACCGUGCCUACAUCUCCUUCUACAAUGCCUUGGUCAAGGAGACGUACAAUGAUUUGGCCAGUCUGCUUCACGUUGACCUACCGUGCAUAUCGACUGAUGCACAUAAAAGCUCCUCUGACGACUGCACGCCUUAUGUCCAGGCAGUGCUCAGUGAAGGCGGCGUACCACAGAGGCCCGUGGUGUUUGUCAACAGACCAGAACUUGUAAACCGGGUCAGGGAGAAACUCUACUGGCUACAGAAGGAGCCUGGCUGGGUUACCGUGUUUGGCAUGGCUGGCUCAGGCAAAUCCGUCCUGGCUGCCGAGGCUGUCAGACACCACGGGCUCAUUGAAGAGUGCUUCCCCGGAGGGAUCCACUGGCUGUCCAUCGGGCAGCUGGACAAACCAGACUUAUUGGUUAAGAUCCAGUCGUUGUGCUUCCGGCUGGAGCAGAGCCUGGAUUCCCAUUCCCUCCAUCGGCCCCCCAACUCUCUGGACGAGGCCAAAGAGCGUCUGCGCUUCCUCAUGCUGCGCAGAUAUCCGAGAGCACUGCUGAUUCUCGAUGACAUCUGGGACAGCACAGUUCUGAAGGUGUUUGAUAUUCACUGUCGGAUACUUUUGACCACCAGAAAUAGAAGCCUUACUGAUUCUGUUAGUGGUGCUAAAUAUGAGGUGGAAUUGGAGAGUGGUCUGGAUGAAAACAAGGGACUGGAGAUCCUCGCUCUGUACACUAAAACUAAUACUCACGCACUUCCUGAGGAGGCUCGCAGCAUCGUCAGAGAAUGUAAAGGCUCCCCUCUGGUAGUGUCUCUGAUCGGGGCUCUACUCAAAGAAAAACCCAACCGUUGGCGUUACUACCUCCGGCAGCUGCAGCAGAAGCAGUUCAAGCGUAUAAGGAAGUCAUCGUCGUACGACUACGACGCUCUCGAUCAAGCCAUGGCUGCCAGCAUUGAAGUCCUACCUGACGAGCAUCGAGAGUUCUACAAGGACCUUACUGUGCUGGAGAAAGACAUCAAAAUCCCUGCAAAGGUGCUGUCUGUUCUGUGGGACUUGGAGCCGGAGGAGGUGGAGGACAUUCUCGAGGACUUUGUCAACAAGUCUCUGCUUUUUGUGGACAGUCAUAAUAAACCCUACCUGUACUACCUCCAUGACCUCCAGCUGGACUUCCUGGUGGAGCAGAAUCGUACCCAGCUGGAGAGCCUUCAUUCUAAGGUGGUGCAUCAGUACCAGCAGCACUACAGAGACGCUCCUCCCACCUCAGGAGAUGAGGAAUGUCUAUACUGGAUCAGAUUCCUGACCUAUCACAUGGCCAGAGCCAACCUUUCGCAGGAGCUGUACUCGCUCAUGUUUUCUCUGGACUGGGUCAGCAUCAAGGCCCAGAUAAUGGGCCCAGCUCACCUCAUCAAUGACUAUGUGGAAUAUGGACCUAUUCUGGACAAAGAGAACAGUGAAGUGCGCAGUCAGUUCCAGGAGUUUCUGUCUCUGAACGGCCACCAGCUGGAGCAGCGUCCUUUCCCCGACGUGGUGCAGCUUGCUCUGUCUCAGCCACAGACGUCGGAGGUCUACAGACAGGCUCUGCUGCAGGCGCAGGAGCGGGCCAGGGCAGGGAAGCUCUACUUCAACUCGCUGAAUAAGUGCAGUGUAGAAAGUCUGUCCCGUCUGGUGAUCCAACCCCACCAGGGCUCCAUCUACUCCGCCUGCUUCUCCCACGAUGGAACCAAGAUCGCGUCCUGUGGAGCCAGCAAGACACUCAAGGUGUUCAAAAGCACCUCAGGUGAGAAGCUCACAGAGAUCCAGGCCCACGAUGACGAGGUGCUGUGCUGUGCCUUCUCCCCUGACGACCGUCUCCUAGCAACCUGCUCUAGUGACAGGAAAGUCAAGGUGUGGAAUGUGGAGCGAGCCAUGCUGUUGAGGGUCUUUGAGGAUGAGCAUGAGGAGCAGGUCAACCACUGUGAGUUUACCAACACAACACGACGCCUCCUGCUGGCCACCUGCUCCAACGACAAGCUCUUGAACGUCAAGUUAUGGAACCUCAACAAGCCAUCCUCCCAGAACACCAUGUUUGGCCACUUUGAGCCAGUCAACCACUGCUGUUUCUCCCCUGAUGACAGCUAUGUGUCCACUUCCUCCAACGACGGCACCAUAAAGCUGUUUCAGGUGUCGUCCGCCAACGAGUGGAAGACAAUCGACGUGAGAAACGAGUUCGCAGAGGGCGAUGAAGAGGUCCUCGUCAAGUGCAGCACCUGGACGGCUGACGGCAAACGCAUCAUAUGUGCAGCCAGGAAUGCUGUUCUGGUGUUUGAUGUGGAGACAUCGGACAUGUUGUUGGAAAUCCGAACGAAUCGUCUGAGCACGGUGCAGUACUGUCACGCCUGUCCCACCAGUAACCUGCUGGCUAUCGCCUUCUCAAAUUACGCUGUGGAGCUGUGGGACUUGGAGGCUAAUAAGAAGAUGGCUGACUGCAGUGGUCACCUGAGCUGGGUCCAGCGUGUCCAGUUCUCUCCUGACGGCUCACAGCUGCUCUCCUGCUCUUAUGACCAGACUGUCAGGUUAUGGGAGACAAAGAAGGUGCACACCUCCUCAGCCGUCUGCCUGAAACGAGACUCUGAUGUUCUCUUCAAUGAUGAAGAAAUCUUAUUGUCAGCUGCAGACAACUGCAACAGACUGCAGGUUCGGGAUGGCAGGACAGGAUCGGUGCUGUUCCAGUCGGAGGAGAAGCCGUCCAGGGUCCGGUGUACGUGUUUGUGCAGGGAGCCCCGUGCUGUGGUCCUGGGCCAGGAAGAUGGCACCGUACAGGCAGCAGGGAUGAAGGCUAGUCAGGUACUGAGGACGGUUUGCUGCAGGAUCCGACGAUUGCUGACCUCCUUCAGAGGGUUGAUGGUGGCUGUAGGGCUAUUCACAGGCAGCGUGCAGGUGCUGGAGGUGCCCUCUGGGAAGCUCUUAGCCACUUUGCUGGGGCACACAAAGACGGUGCUGCACUGCCAAUUCAGCCAGAAUGGCCAAACACUUAUCACAUCCUCCGAGGACACCACCAUAAGGGUGUGGAGGUGGCAGUCUGGGGAGUGUAAAGUGCUGCAGGGUCACAAGGAACAAGUCAGAUGCUUCUCGCUGCUCUCCGACUCGCCCGCCGACGCGAGACUGCUGUCCUGGUCCUUCGACGGCACUGUCAAGAUGUGGGACCUAGAAAGUGGCGAGAAGCUGCAGGACAUCGAGGCUCAUCGGGGAGCCAUUCUGUCCUGUCAUGUCUCGCCAGACGGAUGCCUCUUCGCCACCACCUCUGCUGACAAGACUGUUAAGCUGUGGCACUGCGAGUCCUGGCGCUGUGUCCACACACUGAGCGGCCACCAAGACUGUGUCCGAAGCUGCCGAUUCUCCUGGGACAGCCGACGCCUCGCAACAGGAGAUGACAAUGGAGAGAUUCGGCUCUGGAGUGUCAAGGACGGCUCUUUGAUGAAGAUUUGCUCCCGGGACGGUAAAGACGGCAUGGACUCACUGCACGGAGGCUGGGUGACUGACCUGCACUUCUCCCCAGACAACUCUCUUCUGGUCUCGACUGGCGGCUACAUCAAGUGGUGGGACGUGGAGAAAGGCGAGGCCCUGCAGACCUUCUAUCCGACGGGAACCGCCUUGAAGAGGGUCCACGUCUCGUCCGACUUCUCCACCUUCGUCACCAUUGACAACAUCGGCAUCCUCUACAUCCUGCAGAGGGUGGUGUGACGUUGCGAACACUGCUCCAAAAACAGAUUGCCGUGAUGUAAGCACACACUACAUUUUUCUCGCAAAAGAUUAGGUGUUGCAGACUGCAUAUAGAAGUAGGCAUGUCUUGUUGCAUUAAGGACUCUGGCAGAAGGCUGAACUGCAAGCUGCAGCAUCCCAUAACCACACACCUUUCAGAUAAGUUUACAUUUCCACUCACUCUGUCCACAUUCAGGCUGACACUAGCCAACAGCACCACAGUGGAACAUUACAGAUGUUCACUUUCAGGUCUGUGGGGUCAAAUGUCUGAUGCCCUGUGGAAGCUCAAAUAGUCCAAAGAGUCCUGCUCCAAUCUGCCUGUUUCACACCUAAAGACAGACGAUGCCAAUCCAUGUUUUUCUGGAUAAAACACGCAGAAUUUCAAGAAAAGAUGCAUUAAAAGCAGCAGAUUAAACCUAAAAAAAGAAAACAGCGUUUGUGACGAUCAGGUCUUCUCAGCAGAUCUUUUGAAUCAUUAAUACCUAAUAAAUAGAUCAAUAUAAAUAGAUCUUGCACAAGCUCAAAUGUGAAUAGUGGAUUUUAACCUGUGUUGCGUUAGUGCUGAACAUCAUUGCAUGUGGUGUGAGACGUUUUCCAAUUCUGCUGUAUGUGAUUAGUAUAAGCUAUCCUGCACGUCAUGAAGUGCGUUUGACUCAUCCAUGCUGUGACGGUUUUUGAACUUUAAUUUUACAUGUUUGCGGUUGAGGGUAAAACUGCGUCUGGUGGAAACCUGUUCGUUAGUAUUAACAGUUCUGAGCCUUUUAUUUACACUGCAGCCUUAGUCUGAAUGAAUACUGUAGGUACCAGAGGGCAUGUGUGUUUAGUGUACUUGGGUUUCUCAAUCCACCAGCAUAGAUAGAACUUGGGGUGCACUUUGAUAAGCAUUAAAAAUUAACAGUUUCAGAUUAAGUUUUAAUGAUUAAGCAUUUAAAAUUGAAUCCAAAAACUUUUGAAAGCCUGUGGGGUCUGUUUGUACAUCCGAACUAUUUGUACUUUUGAACUCAGAUCAAAGGUAAAUGUUUUCUACAAAAAAAAUGCAAAUGUGAUUUCUAAUUUAUUUCCGCUUGCUUAUGUUAAACGGUGCUUUUUGUGCUUUAUUAAAUGCAACUUUUUUGAUUUUGUAUUAGUUCUUUUUAACUCUAUCUGCCACUUUUUACAUACAUUUAUAUCUGCAUGUUGUUGAACAACUGAGCCUUUUCCUGUUCUGAGCACUUUGAAGCAGGAGUUACAAUCUUUCAUGAAGCUUUUGCUAAUGUCGCUUUGUUGAGAGACAUGAAAAUGGAUCCUUACUUUGAUUUGACAACACAGAUGAGCUCUUAUUCCCUAAGUGUGUGACAGAGCGGCAAGCGUCCCUUCACAUGCUGUAAUCUAUUCACUGCGGCUGGUACGAUACAGACUCCAGGUCCAGCAGGAGUAAUAAGCACAUAAAGAGAAUAAAUGAAUAAAAGUGAGGAUGCAUUUCAACAUAUCUGAUCAACAAUGUUGUCAUUUUCACAUUGUGCUCUUUGCGAUUGGUGCUUUCAUGUUGGCACAAAUUCAAUCAACAGAUUUCCUUCCAGCGAGGAGGUCUCUGUCUAAUAAAAUUGCAGAAAUAUUGGCGUGUGCUCAGGAGGUAUUGAUACUGUCAUACGGUGUGGUGCAAUGUGAGUGUCAUUUAUAAAGGAUUAAAUUUCACACGC